AUGCGGCCCUUCGCGGUCCCGCCUUCAAAGCGAAAGUCCUCCGAGUGUCUGUACGCGGAACAACCUCCAAAACAACUAAUAGCUGCAAAGCCUUCAAACCCUCCAAACACUCGCGCUUUAACAUCCCUGCCGGCUGGCUACCUCUACCAGCACACAAAGAAGACACCUAAGAAGCGCACCACCAACACUACCACAUCAGCCAAUCUAACCGAACAAGAGACUGAGCCCCUUCAGGCUCCUUGUGGCGCCAGCUCGUCCGAGCCGCGCGCGCUAGGUGCUGCGAGGCCAACAGGUGCGACUGCUUAG